AUGUCAAAUCCCUCAUCACUCCAUGAAGACAAAGACAGUGCAUCUUUACCCCAGCGUAAGAGGGAAGCGCCAACGCGCAUGAAAGAUGGAAAAGAGGUCGAGCUGCAUACCUGGAAUGGCCCUCAAGACCCUGAUAACCCGUUCAAUUGGUCGACCAAGUACAAAUGGUUCUUGACAAUUACGGUCUGCUUUAUUUCCAUCUUGACAGGUCUCCCCGCUGGAUCCUAUGGUGCUGGUAACGAAUGGAUGGCAACUCGCUUCAGCGUUCAAAAUGAACCUUUUCCGAAUCUCUAUUGGGCAACGUGCAGCUGGAACAUGGGUGCUGCUCUUUUCCCACUUCUGUUCGUACCUUUGACCGAGAACACUGGCCGUAUGCCCGGCUACUUCGUUGCUUACAUCGUUUUCGAGUUGUUCUUGUUCGGCUCUGCCUUUGCCGACAACUUUGCGACGCUCGUCGUUACCCGCUUCUUUGGCGGUGGUGCAUCCUCGGUUUCUAUCAACAUUGUUGGCGGUAGCAUCAGUGAUGUAUGGAAAGGUGACAAAGCUCGAAGUCUGCCAAUGUCCAUCUUUGGCUUCACGUCUGUCGCUGGUAUCGCCCUCGGACCGUUUAUUGGCAGUGCAAUUGUGCAGAUUGGUUAUCCAUCUACUGGACUGCAAUCUCCAUGGCGCUGGAUCUACUAUAUUCAAAUCAUCUACAAUGCCGCGCUCAUUCCCGUCUUCUACAUCAUCCUUAAGGAGACCCGUGGCGACGUCAUCCUGAAGAAGCGCGCUCAGAAGAUUCGCAAAGACACGGGCCGUGAAGUCUAUGCGGAAUCCGAGCUCGACAAGCCUUCGAUAGCCAGCUUACUCAAGGUCUCCUUCAUGCGACCUACAAAGAUGCUGCUCACCGAACCCGUCGUUACUUUCUUCACGCUAUGGAUUAGUUUCGCCUGGGGUAUUCUGUUCCUCUUCUUUUCCUCGGUAGUACAAACUUUUAGUGCAAGCUACGGUUUUGGCACCUUUCAGACUGGUAUGAUUCAACUAGCCAUCACCGUCGGAGCGCUCAUUGGCACACUCAUCAAUCCAAUACAGGAUGUGUUGUAUCUUCGAACUGCAUCCAAGAACCAAGAACGUCCUGGUAAGCCCAUCCCGGAGGGCCGUUUGUACACCAGUAUCCCUGGCUCGCUGCUCUUCACUGCUGGUCUGUUCUUAUAUGGAUGGACAUGCAGACCAUCUAUUCACUGGAUUGUGCCUGCGAUAGGAAUCUGUAUAGUGGGUGUAGGCAUCUACUCGAUCUACAUGGGAGUAGUCAACUAUCUUACCGAUGCUUACGAAAAGUACGCUGCUUCUGCGCUUUCCGCCGCAUCUCUUGGUCGUAAUUUGUUCGGCGCCUUUCUACCUCUGGCUUCCUACUCGCUUUUCCAGAACCUCGGUUUCGGCUGGGCAGGCAGUUUACUUGGCUUUGUUGGAUUGGCACUGAGUCUGGUGCCGGUGGUACUCCUGAUAAAAGGCCGUCAGAUUCGGGCAAAAAGUCCGUUCAUGUCCGAAGCUAUGUUUGACGAUGGCGACGAUGACGAAGAGGCGGAAGGCAAGAAAGCUAGCCAUAGUCAUCGGGGUACUUUUGGACCAGCGGGUGUUGCUGGCGGACCGCCCGGUGGGGUGGACGAUGCUGUCUAG